AUGUCAAAACCCAAGUUUUAUUCAGUAAUAAUAAGAAAAAUUUAUGAAAAUAGUUCAAAAAGAUUAGAAACUAUUAUACCCAAUAAAUGCACCUGUAAUUGUAAUUGUAGUUUCCCUUUUUCAAAUAAAAGAUUACAACAAAAAGAUCUACAUUUAAAAAAAAAACAAAAACAAAAACAAAAUAAUAAUAAUAAUAAUAAUAAUAAUAAUAAUAAUAAUAAUAAUAAUAAUAAUAAUAAUAAUAAUAAUAGUUUGGAGGGUAGUGAAUGUCAAUGCAAUUGCGAAUGUUUAAAUAAUAAAUUAAUAAAUAAAAAUAUAAACAAUAAUAAAAAUGAAUUAUUUUAUGAUUAUAUCAAAAUAGAAGGUUGUUUUUGUCAUUGUAUGAAGAGAGAAUUCAAAAUAAUAAUUUCAAGAAAUAAUUUUAAUUUAAAUGAUAAAUGUUUAAUUAAACUUUAUAAUUUAAAUGAUCAACAAGGUGAAGAAGAAUAUGAAAGUAUAUCAUUAGAUAUCAAACAAUCUAUAGAAAUUAAUAAAGAUAACGAAUUGCUUUUAGAAAUUUAUGAAAAUGAAAAUAAAGAAAUUAUAAAAUAUCAUAUGUGUAUUGAUGAAAUUCAAUUAUCUUCAUUAUUAAAUUAUCAAUUUUAUAAAAAUUUUCUUAUAUCAAAACCUAAUGGUGAUUUUAUUGAUAAUAUUCAUUCAAUUUGGCAUAACGAUUACUCUUUAUUAGAAAUGCAUCAUGGUUUUGUUCAAUGGUUAUUUCCUUUAUAUAUGAAUAAUGGAAUGAAUUAUCAUGCAAAUAAAUUGACAAGGGAAGAGGCUCAACUAUUUAGAAAUGAUAUAGAUAUUGCAAAAAGAAUAGUUACAUCUUACGAAAUGAUGUUAAAUUUUUAUGGAAUAAAGUUACAAAAUAGAGAAACUGGUCAAGUUGAACGUCAUCCUGAUCUAGUAUUUUCAAGUAGAAGGUAUAAAAAUUUAAAAAACAAUGGUCAUAAUAAUUUAAGAAUCUCUAGAAUAAUUACUUUUUUAGGUCAUGUCGGUUUUCAAAGAUAUAAAGAACCUCUAGUUUUAUUUUUAAAAUCUGAAAUUGAAUCAAAGAAUUUAGAAAUUGGUAAAUAUAGUUUAAAUAAUUUUUGGUUACCUUUAAUAGAUUAUUCAAAUAUGAAAUUAUAUACUGAAAUAACACUGGAGAAUGAUGAAGAUUUGAAUGAAGAAUCAAUAUAUUUUUAUUAUUUAGAAAAUCAUAAAGAAUUUUUAGAUGAAAUUCACCAAGCAAUUUAA